AUGGCCCCUUUCCAGAAGUCUCUUUCCAAUCGCCGCGGGCUGUGGGGACUCUGCCUACAGAGAUGCCCAGAUGGGUCGAUAUGCAAGCCAAGGGCAGAGCUGGGGCUCUGUGAAUCGAAGCACACUGGCCUAGUUUGGUUGCUGGGGGAUGUUCUGUCUAGAAGCAAUCCCUACUACUUCUGGAAACCAGCCAGCAGAGCUUGGGCCCGCGCGGCCGCUUUAAGAAAGGGGCGGGGCCCGGCACAGGCGAGGCAGGGCCUGCCCACAAGGCUGCUUUUCCUUUUUGAUCCAUUCAAAAAUUACUCAUUGCAAAUUCCCGGACAGCUCAGGGAGGAGAAGCCGGGGGGCGGAGGACAGAGAAGGUUGCAGCGGCGCAGUGUUGGGACUCCCAGACACAGCGGGCUAAGGUCGGUCCCACAGAAGCCGCCGGCCCGCGCCGAGCUCCGGUGGCCUCUCCAGGAAGCGUCAGUCUCCGCCCGAGGAGCUGGGAGCACCGCCCCCGCCGUCCUCCCGGGACCCCCAGCUCCGACGCGCGGGCGAUGGGCGGCCGCUGAGUGGGUACUCGGCACCGUGACCCUAGCCCUCGGCAUGGCCGCGCGCGAGGAGCUGUAUAGCAAAGUCACCCCGCGCAGGGACCGCCUGCAGCGCCCGGGCACCGUCAAGCAUGGGUCGGCGCUGGACGUGCUCCUGUCCAUGGGUUUCCCCCGCGCCCGAGCGUACAGCACAAAACCAUUUUCUCUCAGAUGUGGGCUUGGCGAUGGAUGGCUAAGUUCUGGGCUGCGACUCAGAACCUUUCCAGUUUUGUGAAGUCAAGAAAUCCUUGUCUUACCCAAAGACUAUAAGAGACCUUGGUUGUAAUGCAACACAGCCAGGAAGAGGACCACAACCUUCAGUGGCUAUCCCAUCCUUCAGUGGCUCCCAGUUCUUACCUGAAGGGAGGGGAGGAAGAGAGAGAGACCUGUCUUCCAGCCUGUGGCCUUGGCCCAUUGACAGUUUGAACUGUGCAGCUGUGCUGGUUGGAUCUUUAGCUGUCUUCAGGAAAUACCAUUAGCUGAGUUCAUGAGGAACAGGUAGCAGUCAGCAUCCUUCCUGUGACCUUUCCUUGAGGAGCCCAGACCCUUGAAAGAGCUCUGGGUACUAUUUGGGACAUGCUGUCCUUGGUGGACUUUGUGCAGGCAUAGAUCUGCCUGAAGCAUUGAUGUUAGGACAGUUGUGGGGAUUGGCAAUUAGGUUUAACUGAUGUCGGGGUUCAAUUAGAGAAGCAGGAAAACCAUGGACUACAGUUCCUGGCUCCAUGUCUUUAUCUCAGGUCUGAACCGUUAGGACCGAUAGCCACUUCUCUUACGUUAGAGAACUUCCCUCUGCACUCCACAGCUUUGUUUAAAGUGUAGGUUCUCCAGGGAAAGGCUUGAGGUCCCUGGAUUGGCAUUGUGCCUGGAUCAUUGGGGAAUUGAUGCUCUGGCAUUGAUGAUUGUAUUGGAGAGUCACCUGGCAUUGUUUAUUAAGUGCUGACUAUGUGAUUCCCACCGUGUUAGAGUCUGGUGAUUUUAAAAGACAAUGAUCCAGCCGGGCAGUGGUGGUGCAUGCCGUUAAUCCCAACACUUAAGAGGCAGUGGCAGGCAGAGUUGGAGGCCAACCUUGUCUACAGAGUGAGUUCCAGGACAAUCAGGACUGUUUUACAGAGAAACCCUGUCUCAAAAAUCCUAAAAAAUAAAAAAUGAAAAGGCAAUGAAUGAUCCUAGCAGCAGAACAUAGUUGCCACUACUAUCUUUUGAUACUAAGCGGUCAGAGCUAGGGUGGAGAACUGAAGGAUAUUUGAGUUUCCCCUCUUUGGAAACAGAUGAGAGACUUGCCCCAAGCCACCCAGCCAAGUGGAGACAGACAGCAUACAGUCUACCAGUCUCUACCCUCUGCUCUUUCACCAUACACAGCUUGAGUUAGGUCGAAAAGAGCGGAGGCAGUUCCAGAAAGUAGGGAGCUGCUUUCAUCACAGAUCAGUUGUGGCUCAGCAGGGGCCUAGCUGCCCACAGCUCUUACUGGGACUUCAUUCACCAGAGGCCAGACUCCAGCAGCCCAAGCCACAUCACUUUGACCUUGUGGCUCUGACUGUUGAGCUCCUGACACUUGAACCAUAUGUGAGGUUCUGUCCUUGCUUUCCUUCCUGCCAGAUUCAGGUCGGAGCCUCGCUGACCUUGAUUCCAAGUAACUGAGUGUUAAGAGAGAAGUCUUGGAUGAUCAGGGGAAAAUGAAUGUGGGCUUAAUACUCAAUGAUACGAAGGAGUGGUGUUAGAUACAAUAAUGGAAGGGAAUGCCAGAAAUAGGUUUUAGCCUCCAGAUAUGCUGAUGUUUAUGUGGGUUUUAAAUGACUGAAGAGCAGCCACAAAGAGGGUUCGAUUGGUAUAGGUGCCUGCUGCUAUCUGACCACCAGAUUUCAGUUCCCCAGAACCUACAUGGUAGGAGAGAUGACUCCAGCAAGCUGUUCCAUGACCUCUACUUCUCUCUCUCUCUCUCUCUCUCUCUCUCUAUCUCUCUCUCUCUCACACACACACACACACACACACAAAUACAAUUUUAAAAAGAGGAAAAAGGAAGCCCAUUAUGUGUUUUGGUGUAUGGUAGUGUGUUGGCUAGGAUUCACUUAAAAUGUUACAGGGAAAACAAAUUGACUAUAUGAAUAAUUCAGCAACCUCUUCUUGUAAUUAUUGAAGCAAGGUGAUGAGCACAAUGAAGCUUAUUAUCAAAUACACUCCAUUUUUGUAUGAGUUUGAAAAAUCUAAAACAGCUUAAAAAUAGGGCAAGGAACUCAGAAACCCUUUGGGACAGGGCGGAGAUGUGAACUCCAGUGGUGGAUCUGAGAGGGAGGAGGAGGAUAUACGAGAGGUCUGGAUGCCGCAUGUGAGUGUGUUUGUUCAAAGUCUGUGUUGUGUUACCCAAUUCUCCAUUAUUUCGUCUCUGAUGAGUCCAUGGAAGCCACAUGAACCCAAUGCUAUUCUCUGUAUUUUCCAUUCAGAGCACUGGUCCAUGUGGGCUUUAGGUUAGCUGCCCCAGAUUCUUCCAGGGAGGCCCCCUCCUAAGUCAACUAACAACAUAUUGCCACAUCUCACAUCUGUGAGCAGCACAGAAUAGCUCUCCAGUCCACCAUGAUACAAAUACUUGCAUUGCCUUGUCUGUGUCCCUCUAUGUCUGUGUCUGUAGUCCCCUUUCCUCUCCAUCCUCAGAAACUAUCACUCAGUCUACCCUCUCAUGAUCCAGUAGGAGGAAAGCCUUCAAGCUUAGUUCAUGUCACCUUUUUAUUCUGUUAUUUUUAUGUAUGAUUUUUGUACAUAUCCCUUCUCUUAGACUAGAGCAUCCAAUGCUGUCCCUUCUGUGGGCCUGCCCUUUAGUACAGAGUGAAGAGCCCUUAGGCCCAGGAGACAUAUUUCCUUGGAGCCUCUGUUCCUCUGAACUUCUCACUCCCAGUCCCACAAAGAGACAUCCUCUGGAUAUUAGAUAUCAACUUCUUGUGUCUUUCCCAUCUCCAGCCUCCUGAAUAUAGAUGCUCCUAUCAGCUAGGAUGACCAAAGAGCAGUGUUUGUGGAAGUGUGGGCAGAACUUUUGGCCUGCUUCUGGUGUAUCCAAACACUUGAAUACAGAAAGUGUCUGGAGCAGAUCACAGGUGAAUUAGGGACUGACACUUCUGUUCUUCCUAAGCUGUCAUGUUCUU